AUGACGCAGCGCGCUACCAGCUCGAUACGGUCUCUGCGUCAGCUUCGCACUCGCACUGUGCUGUUGGCCGGCGCGGUCGUCGUGGCGCUGGUCUACUUUACGAGUGCAUACUACCAUCUCAAUGUCGUAGCCGAACACGCAGACUGGAUCCCAACAACACCUGGACAGGCAUCGAGCCAAGCUGCCGAUGAAGCAGACGUCCAGCGACGCUCGGCAUGCUGGGAGCAGUGGUUCAGCAAGGGCACCGUGUGCGUCAGACCUCCCAAGCAGUGGACGGAACAAGCCAAGCUCGAUCUCGUCUGGACGUGGAGCAACUCGAGCCUUACUCCUCAAGCUCACGAUCGGAUCGAUCCCGCCAGGGCCAGCUCGUCGCAUUCCCACGCCGAGGCAUCGGAUUUCCUGCGCUACUCGUUCCGGUCGGCGCAACAGCACAUGCACCACGGCUUUGGCCGCGUCACGCUGCUCACGCCGGACCUCCCGAAAGACAAGCUCGCCACACCGGCUCUCGAAGCAUGCACACGAUCGUAUUCAGAUGCUCAGGGCGUGUCGCGGAAUGGCCAGCGUCCGUGCUGGCUCGCUACCGAGGAUCGAGUGUUUGAGGCGCCGCAACUGCUUCACAAUCGCCAGGUCGGCUGUUCUCCCGGCAGCCUCGCAACUUCAUGCUCGGGGCACUGGAUCGAUCAAGACGAGCCGUACUCAUCUGCACUUCUUGCCGCACAGGCACCGGGACUGAGCGACGUGCGUCUGCUCGUCGCGCCGCACCACGUCUUUGCUCGUCCCGUCUCGGCUUCCGACUUUUGGUCUCCGCUGUACGGCGCCACGUACCGCUUCGAUCCUGAAGUGCCGAGCGCUGGUGCGUCGCCUACGGCCGGAGAAGAGGCGUUGCAAAAGCCAAACGCACUGCUCGACGCUCGAUUCGGAGCGCGUCCGCGAAGGAAGCUCCGCGACCUUCCCGUACCAGUCUCGGCCUCGAUUCUGGCCGAGAUGCGUCACAUUUGGCCCGACGUCUUGCGACUGACUCCAGAGGCCAAAUCUACAACGUUUGACUUUGGCUUUUUGGCUGCGCAUUACGUUCUGGAGAGGCACCGCGAAGCUCUGCUAUGGUCAUUCAUGGUGGCCAAGCACGACCGCGAUGCCGACGGCGUGUUUUCGGCAGCAGAGGCAGAAGCAUUGCUCAAGGAUCUCAAUAUCGACGCCCAUAGAGCAUACGCUGCUCCGCAGGUCGAGGUGCCGCGACGAGGGACCAGAUCCGCGGCGACAGUUGCAUCGAAUCUGCGCCGGGCCCAGAUGCCGGAGCGUCUGGGCAAGGAGAGUAUGAUGUCGUCCAUGGACGGGCUCGCGUUCCUCAUCCCUCGUUCAUCUGAUGCGCAAGAGGGCGCUGCAGCCGAGGAAGCGCAGCCGCCCGUGUGCAGGCUGGAGCGGGAGUGUGUCAAGCCGCUGCUCGACGCCGUGACUGGGUCGGAUCGGCCGAGGGUGAGCGAGGUGCUGCGUCGGGUGGCGUUCCAGGCGCCCAUGUGCGGCGACUGCAUGCUCACGCACCUCGUGGGCCAGUCGGGCGAGCAGGGCCUGUCUGCGUUCCUACCGGCAGCCGAGCUGGAGAUGCCGGUGAUCGAGGUGCUGCCAUUGACAGCGCGCUUUGAGCAGGCCGACCACUCGCUCGCCGGCUCGGGGCUCGCACGCACGACGCGGCUGCAUGGGGUGACGCAGCUCCUGGCGCGGUACGCGCACACGGUGGUGCAGCAGCAAUCGUUCGUCACACCCGCCAUGUCGACGCUCUCGCAGACAAGGCUGGGUCUGAUCACGCUCGAAGUGCUGGAGUCGUCGUCGCUGUUCUCGUUCAAACAGCAGCUGAAUGCAUCCGAGCCGCUCGAGCUGGCGACACAGACAGAGUGGGACUGGACGGCGUAUGUGCGUGCAUGGCUCUCGCUCCGCUUCCCCUUUGCAAUGCGCUUCGAAUCGCGCACCCACGAGCUGUAG